GGGGGAGCGGUCAAACCUCGCGAGAGGUUGCGAGAGUUCCGGUGUUGUGAUGAUGAACGUCCCUGCCAACAUGGCGGUCAGCAUCCGCGGCCGUCCGACCCGGAGUGUACGGAUGAGAGGUCGGAAUGACAGCGGGGAGGAGAAUGUACCGUUGGAUCUUACGCGGGAGCCCUCAGAUAACAUGCGUGAGAUCCUUCAGAACGUCGCCAAAUCUCACGGGGUUUCCAACAUGAGGAAGCUUGGCCACCUGAACAACUUUGUUAAGCUCCUGAACAGUGUAAGUCACUGUGAAGAGAGAUUAGGAUUUACAUAUGAGGAAAUCAUCAUUUGUCUGCGCGUGGCGUUGCUGAAUGAGGUGAAGGAGGUUCGGGCUGCGGGUUUGAGAGCACUAAGGUAUCUGAUCCAUGACAGCAGUGUCCUCCAGAAAGUUCUUCAGCUGCAGGUGGAUUACCUGAUCUCCAGGUGUAUUGACAUCCAGCAGAGCAACGAGGUGGAGAGAACUCAAGCCCUCAGACUGGUCAGAAAGAUGAUAACAGUGAACGCAGAGCUCUUCCCCAGCUCUUUGACAAACUCUCUGAUCGCGGUGGGGAACGAUGGGCUGCAGGAGAGAGAUCGCAUGGUUCGAGCCUGCAUCGCCAUCAUUUGUGAACUUGCACUGAAGAACCCCAAGAUUGUGGCACAGCGGGGAGGUUUGAGCACCAUCCUGAAAAACGUCAUCGACUGUCAGCUGAGCCGCAUCAACGAGGCCCUGAUCACCACCAUACUGCACCUGCUCAAUCACCCGCACACACGCCAGUACAUACGUGCUGAUGUUGAACUGGAGCAAAUCCUAGCACCUUACACAGACUUUCACUACAGACACAGCCCUGACACAGCAGAGGCACAAAUCAAAGAGGACAGAGAAGCUCGUUUUUUAGCCAGUAAAAUGGCCAUCAUUGCAGCCUUCCGCUCGUGGUCAGGUAUUAUCAACCUGUGUAAAUCAGGGAACUCAGGGGUCCAGUCUUUGAUAGGCCUGCUCUGUAUACCAAACAUGGAAGUCAGGAAAGCCUUAUUAGAAGUCAUGUACGAGAUCUUCAGGUUGCCUGUUCCUUUAGUGACAGGAGAUUUUGAGGAAGCCCUGCACAGCGUGGACCCCAGCAAGUUUCAGGACAGCUGGAGACUUUCUGAUGGGUUUGUUGCUGCAGAAGCCAAAGUCAUAUUGCCUCACAGAGCACGAUCUAGACCAGACCUCAUGGACAACUACCUGGCACUACUGCUGUCUGCCUUUAUCAACAGUGGACUACUGGAGGGUCUGGUGGAGGUGGUGACCAGCAGUGAUGGGCAGAUAUCAGUGAGAGCCACCAUACUGCUCGGAGAACUUCUGCACAUGGCCAAUACGAUUCUUCCUCACUCUCACAGUCAUCAUCUGCACUGUCUGCCCACGCUAAUCAACAUGGCUGCUUCCUUUGACAUCUCUCAGGAGAAACGGCUGCGUGCCAGUGCAGCUGUGAACCACCUAAAGCGUUUCCACGAAAAGAAACGGCGUGGCCCCCAACCUUACAGUCUUUACCUGGAUCACAUCCUGCGCAGGACGUCCAACUCCACUCACAAGAGAGAGCAGCACCAGCGUCCACAGAAGGACAUCUAUAUCAUGAAGGACACUGAAGAGGCACUGAUGAUGAACUUGAGGGACAGUCAGAUCCUCAAUCACAAACAGAACCUGGACUGGAACUGGAUUCUGAUCAUCACUAUACUGAAGUGGCCAAAUGUGAACCUCAGAAACAACAAGGACGAGCAGAUGCACAAGUUUGUGAGGAGGUUGCUGUAUUUCUAUAAGCCCAGCAGUAAGCUGUACUCGGCUCUGGAGGUGGAUCACGCCAAAGCCAGACAGCUGACGGUCGCGGGCUGCCAGUUUAACCAGUUCCUCUUGGAUUCGGAGGACGACGGUCAGGCGUAUUUAGAGGAGCUUGUGAAGGAUAUCGUCCAGUGGCUCACAUCCUCUUCUGGGCUUAAGUCUGAACGUAGUCUCCAUAGCAACGGCCUCCUCAGCACCCUCAGUCAGCACUACUUCCUGUUUCUGGGAACUCUGUCUGCACAGCCGGCUGGAGUAAAAAUGCUGGAGAAAUGUGGCGUUUUCCAGUGUCUGUUGAGCUUGUGCUCAGUGAAAAAUCAGGAUCACCUGCUGAAACUCACGGUCUCCACUCUGGACUACAGCCGAGACGGACUCGCACGAGUCAUUCUGUCCAAGAUCCUCACAGCGGCCACCGAUAACUGCCGUCUGUACGCCACCAAACACCUGCGCGUGCUGCUGCGCGCUAAUGUUGAGUUCUUCAGUAACUGGGGGAUGGAGCUGCUUGUCACACAGCUGCAUGACCACAACAAAACCGUCUCCAUGGAAGCGCUGGACAUCCUGGACGAAGCCUGUGAAGAGAAGGCCAACCUGCACGCUCUGAUCCACAUGAAACCUGCUCUGUCUCACCUGGGAGAGAAGGGCCUUCUGCUGCUGUUGAGGUUCCUGUCCAUCCCAAAAGGCUUCUCUUUCCUCAAUGAAAGAGGCUAUGUCAGCAAACAGCUGGAUAAAUGGCAGAAGGUGUAUAAUCUGAAGUAUGUGGACAUGAUUGAGGAGCAGUUGAAUGAAGCUCUCACAACAUACCGCAAACCUGUCGACGGAGACAACUACGUCCGCCGCAGCAACCAAAGGUUACAGAGGCCAAAUGUGUUUCUCCCUGUGCAUUUAUAUGGACAGUUGGUCCAUGAUAAAACCGGCUGCCUGCUGCUGGAAGCUCAGGGUGUUAUCCCAGAUCUUAGCUACACAGUCCGUUCUCCAGUGUUGGAUAAAUGGGAGGGCAUUAAACAGCUGAAGGCAGCGCUGUGGGCUCUGGGCAACAUUGGCAGCUCAAACUGGGGUCUGAACCUCCUACAAGAGGAGAACGUGAUUCCAGAUAUUAUUGCUCUGGCUCAGCACUGUGAGGUUCUGUCCAUACGUGGUACGUGUGUGUAUGUGCUGGGUGUGAUCAGCCGCACGCGACAGGGCAGUGAUGUGCUGAAGGCUUUGGGAUGGGACUCUGUCCGGCACAGCCGCAGGCAGCAGUGGCCCGUCGUCCCUGAUGAAGUGGACGCUCCGCUGCCCAGCGAACUGUCAUCUGUGCCCAGCACGCUCAGCCUUAACUCGGAGUCCACCAGCUCACGCCACAACAGCGAGAGUGAAAGUCAGCCCAGUUUGUAUUUCAUGGACGAUGACCGUGAGGGUUUGGACAUGUAUGAGGACUCUUCUCUACCCAUACACAAAAAAAACAAAUUACAGAACCCCCUUCACCACCCCAACAACAAGGGACGGAGCCCCAGUGACACUAAAAUCACGACAAACGCGGGAAAAUCCUUCGAGGAGCUCCGGAAACCCACUCCCUGUCUCUCCACGCGGGAAAAUCCUUCGAGGAAGAAGGGACGGAGCCCCAGUGACACUAAAAUCACGACAAACGCGGGAAAAUCCUUCGAGGAGCUCCGGCUCAUGCGGCGCAACCGGACCAUAACAGAACCCUCGAGCUACUCUCCAGGCCACUCGGGGCAGAACGAGGUCUUUUAUAAUGGCGGUCGCAUGCCUCGCAGCCCAACGGUCAGCCUCGAGACUUCGUUUGUGGGUAUUAAAGCACUAGCAGAGCCGUAUGGCACAGAGGGAUGCUCGGAAUUGGAAGGCAGAGGUCAACAUAAGGCCGUGACCCCGGGUGAUGGCCAGAGGGAGCGGAGCAGCAGGGAGCGUUUGACUUGUGACAGUGCAUCUGUACUGCCCGGCGGCGGCACGUUUAAGAGCCGCAGUCAUAGCUUUAACACAGACACGACCACCAGUGGCAUCAGCUCCAUGAGCUCCUCCCCCUCCCGAGAGCCCGCCUCCUCCAUCGCCAUGGAUACGGACUGCGCCAGCCUCAACACGGUGGUCAGCGCCAAAACUGUAAAAAUGCAACACUCGCUCAGUCCUCAGUCCAAGCACAAUCACAUCCUGUUGUCCAAGUCUAAUUCCACCUCACUGGUUCUUCCCGGGUCGGCGCACACGCUGCCGCGCAGGGCACAGUCGCUGAAGUCACCCUCCGUGGCCACCAUCAAGAGCCUGGUGGACUGCAGCUACAUCUACACGAGCCCGCGUGAUGCGCUGGGAUACGCCACGCUGAAGCGCCUGCAGCAGCAGAGGAUCCACCCGUCUCUCUCACACAACGAAGCGCUGGCGUCUCCCGCUAAAGACGUGCUGUUUACAGACACCAUCACCAUGAAAACACGCAGCCUCGACUCCCGGCUCACGCCACGCAGUGGGUGUGCUUGUGUUCACUCUCCUCUCAGGUUCUUGAAAGCUCUGAGUUUUGCGUCUCUGGAUAAGGAGGACUUGUUGAGUCCGAUCAAUCACUUCACCCUGCAGCGCUCCUCUUCCCUGCGCUCCAUGGUCUCUAGCGCCACCUUCGGCUGCAGUGAGGACUACAUCGGCCUGGCGCUGCCCCUGGACAUCAACCACAUGUUUCAGAUUAAAGAAACAUCAUAUUUCCAGAAGAGAACAAGCCCCCCUGCUGGAGAAAAAUCAUCCAAGUUUCUUUUUGGAGAAUGUGAUGAACUGUGUGGUGGUCCUCCACUGAAGCCGCAGAUGAGUAUCACAGAGCUGUUAAACAGCAGCCGGUCGGAGCAGCACCACCUGCUGGGCGCUGAUGAGAGUACAGGUCUACAGGAGCACACGGAGCACAACUGCCUCUACUGCUGCGCCAUCACCGUCCUCGGCUCACACACACACAGCCACCUGAACAACACACACACACGCACAGAUCUGUCUGAUGGUUUCUCUCAGUGGCACAGCCAGCCUUCCCAUAAUCACCUGGAGGUGGUCACACAGUCCAAGUUCUCGGGGAUCUCGGGCUGCAGCGACGCGGCCGUCAGUCAGGGUUCGGCCAGCAGCACUCCCAGCACAGAGCUCAUCCUGGGUGGAAAGGCGAUAUCUGAGGACGGCCCGGCCUGCAGAGUUCUGUUGAGGAAAGAGGUUCUGCGACUCGUCAUCAACCUCAGCUCUUCAGUCGGCACCAAAGGACACGAAACCGGACUGCUCACGAUUAAAGAGAAGUUUCCGUUCACGUUUGAUGACAUCUGCCUGUACUCCGAGGUCUCCUUCCUGCUGGCCAACUGCAUGUUUCGUCUGGCCUCCCGCCGCUUCAUCCAAGAGCUCUUCCAGGAUGUGCAGUUCAUUCCGUUGUAUGAUGAAGCUGAAGCGGUGCUGAAUAAACCAUCGCAACCUGUCCCGGUGGACACUGAGGAGUCUUGAUACCUCCGUCAGCUCCGCUAUCCCAUCACCUCACCUCACCUCCCAUCCUCCCAUACGGCACAGAGAGACACGCUUCAGGAGGACGAGGAAGUCAGGCUGCGGCUGGAGGAGAGGAAUACCGAAACAAGCCCUUGGACUUCAGACGGUUUACCAGAAAACACAGUCAGACUGUGAAACAGGUGAACCGGAGAGCUGCACAUGGUCCGAACAAUACGGACGUACGUGUUUACAAAGAACGAUCUAAACGAAAUGCUGUUUACACUUCAAGAGUGCCAGAUGCACGGAUCAGAUAGCCGGUUUACUGCACUGGUGUUUGUACAUAUCCACCCCGUCCCAAUAUUUCAAAAGAUCACGCAAGCACUACAAAGAAUUCAGCUCGACUGAUUUGACUGAAUGAAUUCAGGACUUCCAGAACUGAAAGAGCGGGCGAAACAUUCAUCACAUUUGUACUAUUUAUUUGUUUCUUUUCUUUUGUACGCGUGUGUUUGGAUUUUUUAUGACCUCCAGACAAUCAGAAUCCAGUGUUUUGGGGGAAAAAAACGAUGUUUGCGAUAUGCAAACACUUAGCGUCACACAUCUUUGGUUGGAAAUCUGUCAUCCGCGUACCGUCUCGGUAGGAAAUUCUCUUCCAAAAGACGCAGGCGAAGCGCAUGCGAGCACUGAUACACACACUCACACACACUCGAUCGCAGAGCUAGUUUGACUCCUGACAGUCUGGAUGUUUUCAGGUUGAAUCUCACCAAAGCUGUCCAGAUCACGUCCAGAUCGUAUUUCACCGGAUUUCUCUUUACUGUAAAGCCCAAUUUUGAGAAAUAUGCUUGAUUGUCAUAAUGCAUAAGAUUUUAAUGGAAAAAUGAAUUGCAUUUUUUGUAAUCUGAUUUUAGAGUGAGAAGUGACCCAGACCUGUGUGAGGUUCACCCAGUGAUUUGGAUUCUGUUGAUUACAACAGAAAAUCAUUUUGACUGUGUAAACAGUCCAGAGGAUGCAUUCAAAUAUUAAGCCCAUUUAGGACCAUUAAUGUUUUUUUUGUUUGUUUGUUUGUUUUUGUUACAAUUGAGGACAUUUCUAUUAAAUAUUCUGUGGGGGGAAAAAUUAGAAAAAAAGUUCUGAACACAUAAUGUUAGUAUUAAUAAUUAAUGAUUUAAUAAUAAUAAAAAAAAUAGUAAUUUACUUUUAAUAAGUUAUGUGUGAAAAUCACUUGAGAAUAAUGGGAAUUACAACGCGAUUUGACUAUUUUGGGAGCAAAAUAUGCUUAUUUUUAACAUUGCACUAAAAGUUAUAAUACUAGUCCUAAAAACCGGCUGAAUUUUCUUUAUGCAAAAUACAUACUUUUUACUUUUUAGUUUGUUUUUCAUUCUGAAAUGUUCAUGACCGUUUAAGCACAUUUGCGUUGCGAAUUCUCAUAAUUUGUAAAAUAUUAAUUAACAUAAUAGUAGUAUUUGUUGUACUACAUUGAUGCUGAUAAAAUCAAAACAUUUAAAUAUGGGGAGCAAAAUGUGCUUAAUUUUCCUGACAAUUAAAUCAAUGCAAAAUAAAAGUCCUAAAACAGGCUUAAUUUCCUUUUAUUUUUUUUAUUUUUUUUGCAUUCUGAAAUUUUCAUGACAGUUAAGCACAUUUCUCUUCCAAAUUCAUGUAAUUGUAAUGCUAACACAUGAUAGCAAAAUUUAAUAUACUGAUAAUAAUAAUAAUAAUAUAUAUUUGAAAAUAAUAAAAUGUGCUUAAUUGUCAUGACAGUUAUGUCACAAUGCAAAAUAAUAUUCCUAAAAACAGGCUUAAAUUUUUUAUAAAAUGUAUAUUUUUUUGUUAUUUUACUCAAAAUGAUUUUCUCUUGUAAUCGACAACAUUCGCCAAUGCUCUGGAUAGUGAACCUUGUGUUGAACCUGGAAUAUUUCUUCAAUAAGCUGCCAGAGCACUGGUUUAGAAAGAGUUCAAGUAUUAUCUUGAGGUGUUGUCUGAAUAUUGCUCGCGUUUCCCUUCACAUCGCCUUUGAAAUGCAUUUAAUCCCAGUGUGUUUCCUCAAGCGUGCACUGAAGCGUCUGACUUGUUAAAACACUGGUAUUCAGAUCUUCUUCCGAUCGUAGCAGUCUUGUAGUAAGCCAUAGUUUUUGCAUUGAUGUUCUCGAUGUGUCCCUGAUGUUCACACAAAGCACUGAUCGAAUCCAUCCUUCCUGUUCUCCUGAAACCGUGUGUAAGAUUGCAUGCUGAAUUGACACAAACCCAGUUGCUUAUUUAUUAACUGCAAGACCUUUUGUUAAUGUGUCUCAGCGCUGCUGCUACUGCCUUCAACUGACUGCGAUCUGAUUGGCUGAAGAGAGAGUGCCAUGGCUUUCGCCUGGGCUACGGAUCUGUACCAUUGUGGUGUGAGACAGAAAUGAGAUGAAAAAAUAUAGAUUUAUAUUUUUCCUAAAAGAUGAAAUUGUGAGAGAUGGUGUAAUUUAAAGGACUUUUGUUUUUUUGCCUGAGUUGUGGUUUCCCUUGUAAAGUGUGUACAGUGUGUUUUUGGAAAAAUCAAAGGGAUAUAUGAUUAAAGAGGAAAACUCAUGAGUGCA